AUGUGUAUGCCUUACGACUUCAUGGGCUUUCUGCCUGUCUUCGCCCUGAAGUGGGAAUGCCUGACAGCCUUUCUUCUGCUGUACUUCACGUGCUCACGCGCACUCGCAACAGCACCCCUGUCUGGAGGUCACGUUGCAGCAGCUACGGGCUUCAUCCCAGCCGUCGGUGGACCGGGCUACGGACACCACGGCUACGGCGUCCACAACGGCGCGCACGGCGUCAACGCCCUUCACACUGGGUACGGAAACGCCGGUUACGGCAAAGGCUUCGGAGGAUACGGUAACUACGGCACAAACAAGGCCCUGGGGGGCGUCGCCUAUGGACACGGGAACUACGGCGACGGCGCAGUAGCCUCGUACGGCAAUCAAGGACUGGGACAAGGAUCUGUCGGUAACGCAGCAGCUCAUGGCGUACAUGGACAAGCUGGUGUGCACGGAUAUAACAAUCAGGGCGCCAUAAGCAAGACAUUCGGCACCAAGGGAGCAGCCCGUGACCAUUUCAACGCGGGUCACAACAAGGUCUUCGCGAAAGAGAAAGUCUAUGCAGUCGAUCAGAGCUUCCAGAAUGGUAAUCGUGACGCCUUCAAUCACGGCUACGAGAACUUAGGUGGCUUCAACGGCCAAGGAGGUUUUGGAAAGCAGGAGCAUGUUAACCAGUUUGGGAAUCAGAAGUAUGGUGCCUUCAAAGGUUUCGGCCAGGGAAAUUUUGGGAAGUUUGGAAGGCAGGCUUUCGGCAAUGGAGCGCACGGCUUAAAUAACUACGGCCAUCAUGCAGGGUACGGGGCUCAGGGUCAGUUCGGCAAGGGUUUCGGAGGAUACGGUCACGGAGGGGUGGGGACGUACGGCACGCACGGUGGAGUGAACACAGGGUACGGCGGUGCGGGAUACGGUGGGCCCGCGAUCGGAGCGGUGCCUGUCGGGUAUUACCGUAAGUGA